AUGAUAACGCUAUCGUGCUUUUCUUGCUGUGAGUUUUCUCGCAAAGAACAUUCAGGAUUGACGGCAGGCAUGAUCUAUGUGCACAUCCUGAAGCGAACGAAAGCUGACGAAAUCAUCAGUAAGCUUAUUUCGUCAGCCUUGUAUUGUUCCGGUCUGGAUCCUUAUCCUACCGCAUGCCAGCUGACCACAUGCUCACACUGCCAAUUCGAUGGGCACUGCGCUGAAUCACUGCCCAAGCUCCGGAGCUCAGGAAGCCUAAUUUCCACCAACAAGUGCACAUGAGUACAGCCAGCGCUUCCCGUGCUUUCGGAGCUUAGCGUUUUGAAAGAAUAAUUUGGAGCUUCGAGCUGAUUGCGAAUGACCUGCUUACUUGGCUGACUUUGUUUGUCAUGAGAGUAGAGUUAAGUUACACUCGCCUUACCAUUUGUUUUGAUCGCCAGCUGUCUCAUUACCUAUUAGUUGCAAUCUAAUCUUUCAACACCAUUCACUCACCCGAAAGAAACGGCUAUUCAUGUUUCUAAGCAAGGAAGAUGGUCAG